AAGAGCGGUUUGCUGGGUUUUCCUGCGUUGUCGAAAUUUCAUCAUCGCAGAUCACAGGGUUGGAUAGUCUCUACAAUAGGCUGUGGACAAGCUGACCUAUAGACAUACAGGAAUGGCGACAACAGGUAACUUGCAGGGUUUGGACGGUGUCGAGAGGACCGUGACAGAAGAAUCUUCUGUGGGAUCCAAAGUAGUAAAGGAGAGACGCUACAGGUGUGAGGAGUGCAGCAGGCAGUUCGGUAAGCUGUAUAAUAUGAAUAAACACAUGCGGACUCACACUGGUGAGAAGCCCUACAGUUGUGAGGAGUGCAGCAGGCAGUUCAGUCGACGUGAUACUUUGCAGUCUCAUAUGUGGACUCACACUGGUGAGAAGCCCUACAAGUGUGAGGAGUGCAGCAGGCAGUUCAUUCGACGUGAUAAGUUGCAGUCUCACAUGCGGACUCACACAGGCGAGAAACCUUACAAGUGUGAGGAGUGCAGCAAGAAGUUCAGUGAACUGAACAGUCUGAGGAAACACAUGCGAAUUCACACAGGGGAGAAACCCUACAUGUAUGAGGAGUGCGGCGGGCAGUUCAAUGAGAUUCAUGAUCUAAAGAGACACAUGCGGUCCCACACAGGUGAGAAACCCUACAUGUGUGAGCAGUGCGGCAAGCAGUUCAGUCGGCUUCAAUCUCUUAAGACUCAUAUGCAGACUCACACCGGCGAGAAACCUUACAAGUGUGAGGAGUGCAGCAAGCAGUUCAGUCAGCUAAGUAGUCUGAAGAGACACAUGCGGACUCACACAGGAGAGAAACGCUACAUGUGUGGGGAGUGCGGCAAGCAGUUCAGUCGGCUUCAAUCUCUUAAGACUCAUAUGCGGACUCACACCGGCGAGAAACCUUACAAGUGUGAGGAGUGCAGCAAGCAGUUCAGUGACCUGACCAAUCUGAGGCUACACAUGGAGACUCAUACAGGUGAGAAACCGUACAUGUGUGAGGAGUGCGGCAAGAAGUUCAGGAGGCUGGUCCACCGUCGCGGAUGGACUCUCUUUGGGCACAUCCUUCGCAUGCCACCUGACUCACCCGCACAAAAGGCCCUCAACAUCGCCUUUAGCAGAAAGCUCGCGCCAAGGAAAGGCAAGCCCCGCGGAGGCCUUCUGGACUGUCUGUUAGAUGACACAAAGCUGUACUUCCUGCAGAACAUUAAAGAUGAGACCUACGCACUCAGGUGGCUACGAGACCAGGCCAGACACAAGGAAACGUGGACUGGACUGUACAAGAACAUUGAGGACUCACACUGCUUUGGUAAACCCUACAGGUGUGAGGAGUGUGGCAGGCAGUUCAGUCAGCUGGGUCAUCUGAAGAGACACAUGCGGACUCACACUGGGGAGAAACCCUACAGGUGUGAGGAGUGUGGCAGGCAGUUCAGUCAGCUGGGUCAUCUGAAGAGACACAUGCGGAGUCACACAGGCGAAAAACCGUACAGGUGUGAGCGGUGUGGCAGGAAGUUCAGUGAGCUGAAUAAUCUGACGAGGCACAUGCGGACUCACACAGGGAAGAAACCCUACAGGUGUGAGGAGUGCAGCAGGCAGUUCAAUGAGCUGAGUGAUCUGAAGAGACACAUGCGGACUCACACUGGUGAGAAACUCUACACCUGUGGGGAGUGCAGCAGGCAGUUCAGUCGGCUUGAUUAUCUGAAGUCUCACAUGCGAACCCACACGGGCGAGAAACCCUACAGGUGUGAGGAGUGCAGCAUGCAGUUCAGUCAUCGAAGUCAUCUAAAGGCCCAUAUGCGAACUCACACAGGGGAGAAACCCUACAGGUGUGAGCGGUGCAGCAGGCAGUUCAGUCAGCUGGGUAGUCUGAAGACCCACAUGCGGACCCACACUGGGGAGAAACCCUACAUGUGUGGGGAGUGCAGCAAGCAGUUCAGUCAGCUGGGUAAUCUGAAGAGCCACAUGCGGACCCACACCGGGGAGAAACGCUACUGAUGUGAGACACGCAUGCAACAGGCAAACGUCUUCUAAAUAGACAAUGCAAUCUCACAGAGAAAGAAGUAAGAAAUUUAAAGCUUGUGGCGGCGAGUAAUCAUGAAGUGAAGUUAGCAGACUGCUCUGAAAUCACACAUAAUUGAUACGUCUGUGCUAAGGAUUUGUUCUUUAGGCUGUUCCUUUAUAGUAAUUUGAAGAGAGGAAGUAUUGCCUAGUUGAUGUUGUAUCUCAUUAGUGAUACUCGUAGUUGAUACAUGUAUUUUCAGAAAUUACAUCAACUGCACCAAGUAGGAUUUAAGCAACUGUUCUUCAUAGGAUCAGUAUAUAUGACUAGUAGUAGCAAAUCAUUCUGAUUUUUACGAU